UUUUUCUAUAUUAGUUCACUUUAAAUUUAAUAAAUAAUAAUAUUCAAAUUUACUCACUCCGUCUCUUUGCUCAGAUCAACAAAACCAUUCUCAGAUAUAAACAAGAGUCUUCAUCUUCUCCUUUCUAGUAGCUAUAUAGUACUUGGCUGCCAUCACCCUAUCUGUUUUGUAAUCAAGAUAUGACAAAUUUCAUGUUUCAAUUUUAUUUAUUUUAAAUUUCUAGCUAGUUUCUUGACCUAACAAAAUCGAGACUCAAUCUAAGAAAACAGAUACAAUGGCUGAAAUACUCAACCACCAUGUUCCUGACGAAUACUCUGAAAGAAGAAGAAUUCAAGAGGAUGUGCCAUAUUUGGCUCUUGACAUUGGAGGAUCACUAAUCAAGCUCGUGUAUUUCUCGAGACGUGAGCAAUCACCGGCAGAAGAAGAAGAUAAUGCUAAAUUGAUAAAGGCUUUGGAAAAUACAACUCAUCCUGUUCAUGGGGGAUGGCUUCAUUUCGUUAAGUUCGAGACUAGGGAAAUCAAUCAAUGUUUGGAUUUUAUCAAAUUCAAGCAGCUUCAUUCCCAAGUUGGAACUAAUGCAGAAAACAAACAACAAGGAAUUGCUGCAAAAGUUAAGGUCACUGGGUCUGGAGCACACAAGUUUGCGGAUUUGUUUCUGGAAAAGAUUGGUGUCACAGUUGAAAAAGAAGAUGAGAUGGAUUGUUUAGCAGUUGGAGCAAACUUCUUGCUUAAGGUAUUCCAAAACGAAGCGUUUACCUUCAUAGAGGGCGAAAAACAAAGUGUUGAUAUUGACGAGAAUGAUUUGUUCCCUUAUCUUCUUGUGAAUAUUGGUUCUGGUGUUAGCAUACACAAGGUCACAGGAGAUGGCACUUCUGAAGCAGUUGAUGGAUCUCGUAUCGGUGGAAUUGCUUGUUGGGGGCUCGGGAGGUUGUUGACAAAAUGCAAGAGCUUUAAUGAAAUCGUAGACAUGAGUAAAUACGGAAACCUUAAAAGAAUAGAUUUGUUUGUUGAAGACACCUUUGGUGAUCAGAAAUAUGUUGAGAAGAAUGCACCGCCUGAUAUGAAUAUCGGAAGUUUUGGAAAGGCAAUAUCUGAAAAUAGAACACUUGAAGAUUGCAAGGCUGAAGAUAUAUCUUUGUCUCUGUUGGAGAUGAUUUCGCAAAACAUUGGGCAGAUUGCCUCCUUGAAUGCCCGUAUAUAUGAAAUCAAGAGGAUCUUUUUUGGGGGAUCUUUUAUAAAGGACAAUACAUGUGCCUUGGAGACCCUGUCAUCUUCAGUUCAUUACCAAACAGAUGGUGCAGCGAAAGCAAUGUUUUUACGGCAUGAAGGAUUUGUAGGAGCAUUAGGUGCGCUCAUGAGCUAUGAGAAUAAGCAUGGCCUUCUUAUUAAGGAUGAAUCACAAAAUGUGGAAACUACCUUAAAGAGCACAUAUGAGCUGUGAGAAUAAGCAUGGCCUUCUUAUUAUGGAUGAAUCACAAAAUGUGGAAACUACGUUAAAGAGCACAUUUUCAUGCCAUGAAACACUUCGGAAUUUAGAGACUAAGACCACAGAGUUCCUCAGUUUGUCAUGGAAUCUGCCGUUUUAUCGUAAGAUUUAUGGCAGAGAUUGAUUUAUCUUUUUGCGUGUAUAACAAUAAUUUGCAGUUUAUGUUACUUAAGUUACACAUAGAGAUGCAUGACAGGCCAGCUACUGUAACCAGUGGCUCACUCACUUUCUGGAAUAAACACGAAAGACUUUAUCUGUGAUUGUUGUAAACAUGUAACUUGUACAAUCUUUGUAUUUGUUUCAUGUAAUUUGCUGAUGUAUGUACAAUGGAAAUCGAAUAAGAAAAAGGGAAGAUAAAUCAAGUUCCUUCUGUUUUUUGUU